AUGUUAAAAUUACAUUAACAAUUAAUACAUUGUCCUAUUCAUAAAGAGAAAAUUCUUUCUUUCAAUAUUGAAAAACAUUGUCCUCUUAAUCAAAGAGUCCUUUGCAAAAAAUGUCCAACAGAUGGAUUAAAAUUGAAUAUUGAAGAAGUUGAAACCUUACCAUAAAGACAAUAAAUAAAUGAAAAACAUCUACAAACAACUACACAAUUCAUUUAACACAUUAAUCAUCAAUUUAACAUUCUUAGAUAAUCAAUAAUUUAAGAACUAGAACAUUUUAAAAAAGAACUUGACAAUUUUAUGCAUCCUAUUAUAAAUUAAAAAGAAAAAUUCGAUUAUUUUUUAGUACCUGAAUCAACCUUAUCUUUAAAGGAUUUUUAAGAAUUAGGAUAAUUACUUGCUGAAAAUAUUGUCAUUGAAGAAGAUCAAUUUAUUCUUGAUUUUAAUAAAAUUGUGACUUCCGAUCAUAGAUAAUAUAUUUAAUAAAAAUUCACAGAUUUAGAACUCUUAUUACAGUUCUUCAGGAAUAUUAAUUGCAAUAAGGAAAUUGAGCAUUAAAUAUAAUAACGAAUAUAAUAAUAGUAUGAGCAUAAUCAUAACAAAAUUUAAAAGCAAUCUUAUCAGAUUGUAUAAUCAAAUUAAAAUAUCUUGUCAUUUGGAAUUAAUCAUGAUGAUUCAAUAUUAGUUAUUGGUUUAUAAGAUAAAGGAUAAGGUAUUAAAGAUAAUCUAGUGGUUUAUUUAAAAAACGAAUAAGGAAAUUGGGAAUUGAAUUAAAUUUUAUAACAUCACGAUUCUUCUGUUCAUCACAUCUAUUACAGUAAAAAAGAUGAUUGGUUUAUAUCAAUAAGCAUGGAUUGUAAAAUAAUUUUAUGGAAGAAACAACAAAAUACAUGGAUUUCAAAUUAGUUGAAAUAAGAACACUUAAAUUAUAUUUGGAAUAUAACAACUAGUGAGUUAGAAAAUAUUAUAGUAACAUGUAGUGAGGAUUCCACAAUUAAAAUUUGGUUUAAGCAAGACGAUUCAAUAAAAUGCAUAUAAACACUAAAUCGUCAUAUUGGACCAGUAUAUGCUAUUGUUUUAAAUAAUGACAAUACAGUAUUAUGUAGUGGAGGGGAGGAUAAAUAAUUGAUUUUAUGGAAAUAUUUAGAAUAAUAAUGGGAAGAAUUUUAAGUAAUUGCAAUUCAUUCAAAAUAAAUUAUGGCUAUUUAAUUUUAUGGUUUAAAGAAUAUAAUUGUUUAAUUUGAAAAUUGUAUACAAUUUUUUGAUAGAAAAAAUGGACAAUGUACAGAAUAGAUAAAUCAUAAUGAGUAUAGAAUAUAAAAUUUGUUACACUUUAAUGAAUAUUUGAUAAAUUAUGAUUUUAAUGGGAAUUUAUUAGUUUGGAUUAAAAAAGAAGAAAAUAGAUGGUAUAUUGUUUAAAAAUAAAUAUAUGCACAUAAAAUUAAAUAUGCUUAUAGAAGAGGAAACGAAUUCUAUAUUGGGGAAGGUAAUAAAAUCCAUAGAAUUUAAAUUUGA